AUGGCAAAUGAAACUUUUGUGAAAAAUGUUGACAGCUUUAUAAUCACUGGAUUUGAUCACCUGCAGAAUCAAAAGCUCCUUGGGUCCCUCAUCUUAAUAACCUACAUACUCAUAUUGCUUGGGAACAGCAUCAAUCUGUGUGUCAUCUCGACUGACAGACAUUUACACAAACCAAUGUACAUAUUAAUCUGUAAUCUAGCUGUUGUUGACAUAAUGUACACUUCAGCCUGCAGCACAACCAUGAUCUCAGUGCUGCUGGCUGAGGUUAAAGCUGUUUCAUACUACUCUUGUAUUUCUAGGAUGUUCUUCUAUAUACUUGGAGAUUUGACAGAGUGCAUGGCUCUGACAUUAAUGGCAAUAGACAGAGUUAUUGCCAUUAGGCUUCCUUUAAGGUAUCACAGCAUUGUAACAAAUUCACGAUUAUUAUGGCUUAUUUUUCUAACUUGGGUGUUCUGUUUUGCUGCUGUAGGUUAUUUGAUAUUACUUGCUGACAGUCUCCCAUUCUGUCAACCUGUCAUCAAAUAUAUUUACUGUAGUUAUGCUGCUGUGGUCAGAGCUGCAUGUGUUGAUCCUGAACCCUAUUUUGCCAUUACUACAAUAUAUAGCAUGGUGCCAUUGUGUGGCCAGUUUCCUUUUAUUUUGUGCACGUAUGCCGUUCUGGCAUAUAGUGUGACUAAACUGUCCAACUCAAGCAGAAAGCAAAUGAUCAACACUUGCUUGAGUCAUAUAAUUGUCUUGCUCAGUUUUAAUGUACCAAAGAUAGUCUAUAUUUUACUAACUAGAAUAGGAGUUGUGUUGACUUUAACAGAGCGAAAUGCCAUUGCAAUUGUAUCCUCUCUUGUUCCUCCUUUAAUAAACCCCACUGUGUAUUGCACCAGGACUAAAGAAAUCAGAAAAAGAGUAUCAGACGUAUUCUUGGACACAAAAAAAAUAGUACCAAAAAUGUUGAACUCUUUUCCAAACACUUCAUCUUAA